UGGAUAUACUUAACAAAUAUUUUACUUUUAAUUUUAUUAAAGUAAAAAUACAUUGCUUUAAAGUAUACGAUUACUCAAAAAAUCAAAAUUCCACUAGAAAUCGAAUACUAUGUAGCUUUGAAAACAUCAAACACAUCUCUAGAUGACGUCUAAAAAUACCAGAGGAAUGAAAUUACAAAUGGCGAUUUUUAAGGCGUAUCAAACAUGUGCUUAAUUAAACUGUAUUCUCCAACACAAAUAAGCUUUAAAUUAGAUGCAUGAGUGAUAUAAUUUAAUAUAAGUAAAUUGAAUUUUAUUAGUGUUAAUAAUUAUUUGCAGUGUCAGUGUCUGUGAUAAUGGAAAAUCUAGUCGAUAAGGCUACGAACAAUUUAGCACAAAAAUGCACCUCAAAUCCAAUGUGUAGUGAUAAUAAUUUAGAAUUUGAUGUAAGUGACGGUAGUGCAUCCAAUAUGAAAGGAGAUAAUAACUCGAAUACAGAAGAUAAAUUCAAAAUAGAAGAAGUUGUAGCCAGUUCUUUAAACUCUUUUGAAGCAUUUAGUUGUAGCAGUAAAGCAAAUUUUGAUGUAAAAGAGGAAUUAAAAUCUCAUCAAAGUUUAAAUAUAAUCAGUGAAGCAUCCUUUGCUAACAGCCAAAACUCAGAAAAACGAGAGGAAAGUUUGACAAUAAGCAUAACCUCAAACCAACAUAAUGCAAUAAAUAAUACCAUAAACAACAACAAGAACUGCGAAUAUUCAAAUACUGGACAAUUAAGUGGCAACUUAUUACCUACAUCAGAAAAAUCAACAGUAAACAUGUCAGCUUUACUAAAUUUAUCUGUCUAUAAGAGCGAUUCAGAAGAGACUGAUAAUGAUUCGAAUAAUUCAGAAAGAGAGAGUGAAAGCCAGGAUAUGAUACCAAACUUAAAUAAAAAGAUACCAAUGAAUGAGAACCAUGUUUCAAAUAAUAAACAAACAUCAGCUUCAUUAUGUAAUUAUGUAAUCUUCUCAGAAAGCAGCUCUGAGGACAGUAGCUCAGACAGUGAGUUGAUAAAUAAACCAGAGUGUGAAGAAACUGAUGUGAUACAGAACAGUGCCUGUUAUCGUAAAAUCAAAGAGUCUACAAGUGACUCUGAGACCAGCUCAUCUGAAGAGAGUGAAAACGAGGAAGAUGAACAAGAAGUUGAAGAAGCCUUAGUGAAUACCACAAACACCAAUACAGCUCAUAAGAAGACAGAACUUCCACGUGUAAAAGGAGAAUUAACUCUUGAUGAUUUACCCCCAGUUCCUGAUUUGUCAUCUUUAAAAAUUGAUGUCAAAGAAGAAGACUGCAUUCAAAUGGGAACAAUUACCAGUAUCGUUGACAAAUUGGUAAUGGUUCAGUCAUUGCCUGAGACACCAGCAUAUGAUGUGGACACUUUACUCUUUUUGGAAAAGGGUAAACGUCCUUUGGGUCACGUCUAUGAUGUUAUUGGUCCUGUGUCAUCUCCUAUGUAUGCAAUUCGUUUCAAUUCUCGUCAAGAAAUUGAUACCAGAGGUAUCACAAAGGAGCUUGCUGUAUAUUCGGCCCCUAAAACCGAACACACACAAUACGUGUUUCUCAAAGAAUUACUAAGGAUCAAAGGAUCAGACGCCUCUUGGCAAGGUGAUAACGAAGUACCUCCAGAGUUUGUCGAUUUUUCUGAUGAUGAAGAAGAGUUCAGUGUUACUAACUGCACUAACGACGAAUACGAAAUGUACAUGAAUAAAAGGAAACGAAACAGUCUUGAGCGUCACCAGAUCUUCGAGAUGGAAAUGAAUCAACGUAACAAAUUGGACAGUGCUUAUCACAAGUUAAAAGACUCUUGCGAACCCAAAUAUAAAAAGAACACAAACUCAAACACUCAUGCUAACCGUACCUUUAAUCCAUUCGCAGGAAACACCACAUACACACAACCCACAACGAAUUUCGUGAGACCCAGUCAACCCCCAGCCGCCUUUGGGAUAUUACCCCAACCUCAGUGGUCUUUCGUUCCCACAAUACCACCUCCCUCUCCAGGAUUCGGGAUGCAACCCCUCUUUCAGAAUCACUUCUGUCAACCUUUUCCCACGUUCGCGAGUCAAGUGUUGGCUUUCCCACCUAUGAAUGUGCCGCCGCCAUGCUCUGUGCCUCCGCCGGUUCCACCUACUUUACCACCCAUGAACAUUCCGCCUCCUAUUGCCCAAUCUGUGGCCUCGGCUCCCCCAACGGUUAUGCCAAUAAAUCCACUGCCACCGGGUACCAUGCCAUUCCCCCAUCAAGGCAUCAUUAAAAACGGGCACAAUUUACAACAAACUGAUCGAACAAGCAAUACUCACAGGAGGCAUGGUAAUGGUUCCAGAAACCACUCUAACUCUUUGGGAAAAACGCAGUCCUCUGCUUCGAUGUCUCAACAACAGCAAACAAACGUUCCUUUACCUAAAUCGCAAACAUAUGGCCGUCAGUCCACAAAAGCAGCACCUCCAGUACCCUGUCGCCCCCCAAUGCAAAGCCUUCCUCCUUCAUUACGUAACGGUCCUCUUCCAAUGGUAACAAAUUAUGGUAUGCAACCGGUUUAUAGGCCUUUUGCAAAUUGUAUGCAAACUCCCGCCCCAAUUCCUCCUGGAAAUAUGAAUUUCCGGCCCAAUGGAAACGGUACCUCUAUCCCCAAGACCCAGGGAACGGGACAGGUAUGUCCCAUGCCUUACCCACCGUGUUUAGGGCUUCCAAAGUUCACGACCCCACCUCCAAACGUCAGCUCAAAUGGCAACCGAGCGAUUCCACCCUCCGGCCCGCAUUUUAGUGGCGGUGUGGCCACAUUUGGUCACGUACCUCCACCCCCGUGUACCCAAAAUGGAAGGUCGCGACAGAACUUAGGCUCCCAAAACGGUUGUGGUUUUUAUAGAAAGCAAUUCUAGUUAUUUCACAGAUUUAUUAGUUGAGUUGUAAUUUGGAAGUGGUUUUUUGGAGGUUUUCCUCUAUAUGUAUAUGUCGGCUUUUUUAUAACAGUGGAGCAGGUAACUUCCAAUAAGAAGAUUAUUAGAGAGCAGUUUCCUUUUAGAACCAAUACGUUAAUAAGAAACAAAAAAUUAACAAAAAAAAAACAUUCCAUCUAUUUAUUCGUGUGGUAGA